ACCCCACCCCAAAAGCAAGGCUCUCAAUUGAAUAUCCUCUUAUUGAUCUAUUAUUUAGUCUCAAGCUCUUCCCAUCAAACCAUUAGGCACAUACUCUGUUCUCCAGAGAUCUCAUAAGCUCAUAAUUUGAUUCUUACAAUAGGAUUUUUCUUAGUUUUCCUUGAGUAGAUUUGGAUUUGGCUAUAGUCUUCCAAGCUACUCCAAAUCAAGCCCUUGUCUUGCUUCUUUUGUAUUCUUUAUUCUCUAUUUCUUUCAGAAGAUUCUCUUCUUCUUCAUUUAACAACUCCAUGGCUACAGCGGCAUUAACACCAGCCUGUGAUGGUAACCUUUCCCGGACCUUGACCUGCGAAAGCGGCAACACCCAUGUUCUUGAUGCCUCAUUUUCUUAUCUCCAUAGCUCAGAAGAGACCUUCAUACUGAAACUCGCGGAGUUGACUCGGAACCCAUCUCCCACCUUCAACGGAGCCCAAGAGCCUCCCUCUCACUACCAAAUAAGCUUAGGAAGAAAAAAGACUGAUGGUGAAAUCAGCGUCUUCGGUGCUGAAAAGUACUUCAAUGGCGGAAUUGAUGACCAUACACAACGAAUUGCAGAGAAGGUAGCGGUAAAGCAGCAUCAGAGAGAUGAGCGUCCCAAUUUACAAUUCGAGAAACCCCAAAUCAAGCACAGAACUCCGAGUACCUGUUCGAAGGUGAGUUGGAACAGCCAGAGUGCAUUACUGCCAAGUUUCUUGAGAGACCAGUCUCCAAAUAAGCAAAACGGGGUACAAGGUAAGAGAUUUCUUUCUAUAUUCGGCUGCAAUUGCUCUUGUUCUGGUAAGAAAUCCAUCAAUGUGGAUGAAAACGCCGGGGAAAUUGAAAAUUCACGAAAUUACAGGAGCAAUGUCGAUUAUAAGGGGUCUUAUGACAAAGAGAUGAUCACAAUGGAACCCACAAAAAUCAAUCAAGGUUCCAUUGAUUUAGUUGGAACUGGAACCAAGCAGAAGCAAUUCAAAGAAGAAAUGCUGCUGGGGAAGUUCCAAAAGCUCCGUCUUUCUGUGGUGGGAAUGGAGAAAGAAGAUGAGCCAAAGAAGACAUUCGAUGUAUUAGGGCCCCCAAUUGGAGAUUUGGGACUGAAUAUGUUGGCUUGGGAUACCAUUCCCAAAAUCAAGGAUACCCAAGCAACCUCUGGCAGCGGCGGAAAUGGGAUGCGCGAACUAGACAUGGAGAGCGAUGCGAGUUCAGACUUGUUCGAGAUCGAGUCUUUUUCAGGGAAAGUUCAUCCAUCUCACACUCGACAGGCAUCAGAUGGCAGGUCAAGCUGCGUAACACCAAGUGAAGCGAGCAUCGACUGGAGCGUCGUCACUGCCAGUGCUGCCAAUUUCUCGACAGUAUCGGAUCAAGAGGAGAGAGGAUCAGUUUCAUCAUCAGCUCUUAAAAGUAACAAAACCAUCAUGAGCAAUACAAGAUCAAACUCAAGCACAGCCAAGGAACGAAGACCCAUUAUGUUGUCAGGUUGCAGAAGUCACAAAGCAGUGAAAGUGGCGGCUGAUGCUUACAAGAUGCCUGAGAAGGGAAAAAACCCACACCCCAACACGAGGUGGCCAGGGUUGUCUGAUUUCUGAGUCCACCUCACAUUCUCCUGCACAUGCAUUAGUCACGUGUGAAUUUUCCCAAAAUAAAGCAUUCCGCGCAGAGACUCCCGCAUGUGCAAAGCUUGAAGGACGAGAACAAUGCAACCCUAUUCCGAGGAUGUCCAAAAAUUAUUUCGAAAAAAUUCAGUUUUAGUGAUCUAAAAUAGCUAUGUACUUCUAUUUUGAAACCUAAUUGCUUCUAUACAAUAUAGUUUUUUUUUUUUUUUU